AUGGAUCCUCCUGCGGGCUUUGUGCACGCUCGGAAUCCAGCUGUCGCCGGCCAGCGGAGCCGCGUGUCUCCCGAGGGCGCCCAUUUCCGGGCCUCCCAUCACUCGGAGAGCAUUGGCAGCCAGCGUCCGGGCCGAGCCCACAGCCGCUCCCGCCUUCUCGUGUCCGACCACCCCUAGUCUGUCCCCAAAAUGCCUGUGGACUUCAACGGGUACUGGAAGAUGCUGAGCAACGAAAAUUUCGAGGAGUACCUGCGCGCGCUGGAUGUCAACGUGGCCUUGCGCAAAAUCGCCAACUUGCUGAAGCCAGACAAAGAAAUCGUACAGGACGGUGACCACAUGAUCAUCCGCACGCUGAGCACUUUUCGGAACUACAUUAUGGACUUCCAAGUUGGGAAGGAGUUUGAGGAGGACCUGACCGGCAUUGAUGACCGCAAGUGCAUGACCACAGUGAGCUGGGACGGGGACAAGCUCCAGUGUGUGCAGAAGGGCGAGAAGGAGGGGCGUGGCUGGACCCAGUGGAUCGAGGGUGAUGAGCUACACCUGGAGAUGAGAGCCCAGGGUGUGAUCUGCAAGCAAGUAUUCAAGAAAGUGCAGUGAGCAGCCCGAGAAGAUAUCCUUGGUCUUUAGGAACAAGUGGGAUGGGCCCGUGGUGAGGAGCCCCCACCCCCCAGCAUGGGGCUGGAACACAUAGCCACUUAGGCAUCUGCCAGCAAAGUCUGUCUCAUCGCCUUGUCUCUUCCUUUUCUUAAGAAGAAGCCACCCCCAAUAAAGGUCAUCUCUGUUUAA